GCAGUUCUGAUAAUGGAUGGAUGUUUUCAUGUUGUGUUUAUAUCUCCAUGGUAAUGUUGUGUGUUCUUGUAUUUUGUUGUUGUGUGUACAGAAUGGACAGCGUCAGUGAUUGACAGUGGAGGGUUUGUUUCUCAGCAUACACACACCUGUGAUUCAUUGAGCUGCAGGUUUAAGCCAGAAACUCUAAACUGCAACAAACAGAUCCAGUGCAGACACCGCUGUGAUCCCUACACAGUUGGCAACGGAGAUGUGUCUUGUGCUUCUCGUUUCGAAGGAGAAAGUUGCUCUGUGGAGUGUCACAGACUCUAUAAUCUCAACGGCCCCUCCCACAUCCAAUGUACCAGUUCUGGAUGGUCAAGUUUUCCCUACUGCAUCGAAAGUGGAAAUUGUGGCUAUGACUUUGAGAGAGGACCCCAUUUCAUCCAGUGCUUGUCAAGGCUUUGGGUGGAGGCAGGCUGUAGCCUUGAAACCGACGGGUCUCCUACCAGGAACCCCGAUUUGGUCAGAUACUGGAACACCAUGACUGUGGGUGAGGUGAAGAGAGAUAUGUCCGAAUACCCAAGGGAUGGUAUAUUAAAUUAUAACUAUUAUCACUAGUGAUGGCUCGAGCAGGACCAUGGCAGAGCUGCGCUUGGGGGACAGGGUGCUGGCAGUCAAUGCUGCUGGUCAGCCCACCUUCAGCGAGGUCCUCCUGUGGCUGGACCGGCGGAGAACAGGAAUGGAGCGCUACCUCCUGCUGGACACGGAGGGCUCCAAGGAGCCCCUGUACAUCACCCCCGAUCAUGUUCUCUUCAUCGCCCCCGACAACACAACAACUAGUGCCACAGCCGCCCGCAGGGUCCCAGCAUUCGCCAAAGACAUUCUCCCGGGACACCUUCUCUACCGACACGAUCCCAGCACUGGAUCACUGGAGGCCAAACGCGUGACUGACGUGCGCGAGUCAGAGAGCCUGGGGGCCUAUGCCCCCCUCACUGUGGAGGGGAACCUGGUGGUGGACGGACACAUGGUAUCCUGCUACACCUUGCAGUGCCGGCAGCAUCUCGCUCAUCUCCCCUUCGCCCCCUACAGGCUCCUCCACACCCUGCGCUCCUCCAUCCCUCUCCUCGGGGACCUGCUGCUACCCUCCCCACAGCAGGGAGAGGACAGAGAGGAGGGGGGGCAGGAAGGCAUGCACUGGUACGCCAAUGCCUGGUACCAGCUGGGGCUGUGGAUGGGGUACCCGUUUGGGGAGACGUGCUAUCCCAGCGAGCUGCAGAAGUACCACUACCCCAGACCAGCUACUGAUCCACUGUGAAGUCUGGCCACCUACAACUCCAUCACAGUCUGAUACUGAUAUCACAAUAUAUAGCAUGACAAACUGAUAAUCACUGAUAAUCAAUGCUUACCAUUAAUCGUGCAUCAUAUUUCCUGUUAUAGAAAUAUUUACAUGCAUCUGUAUAAGUCCAUGUGUGAUGCAUAAUUAUUCAAAUGAAAGUGCAAAACUUAGGACAAGACACAUUAUUAUUUCCGGUGUCUUCUCCUGCACUUAUUUUAAGUUGAAUAAGAAACAAUUGAAAAGAGAUAUUGUACAAUUCUACUGAACUCUGCGUCUCUGUCGUUUGAUUAAAUGUUAUA